AUGAAGGAUAUUAAAUCAGCUAUUGAGAAUAAUAUGAUUGAUGAUUAUUUAUUUGAUUUCAAAAAUUGCUUUGCUGAAAUUGAUUAUUCAUAUAUUGAUAAACAUCAAAUUUCUAUGCCACCCUACAAAAAAUUUCUUAAAAUCACCUCUUCGUAUAUUCAUCAACUUCGAUCAUGA